AUGGCCAACAGCAGCUCUGUGAGUGAGUUCCUCCUCCUGGCAUUUGCAGACACGCGCAAGCUGCAGCUCCUGCACUUCGGGCUCUUCCUGGGCAUCUACCUGGCUGCCCUCCUGGGCAACGGCCUCAUCCUCACCGCCAUAGCCUGCGACCAUCGCCUCCACACCCCCAUGUACUUCUUCCUCCUCAACCUCGCCCUCCUUGACCUGGGAUCCAUCUCCACCACUCUGCCCAAAGCCAUAGCCAAUUCUCUGUGGGACACCAGGGCAAUCUCCUACGAAGGAUGUGCUACACAAAUUCUCUUUUCACUCUUCUUGGUUGGAGCGGAGUAUUCCCUUCUCACCAUCAUGGCCUACGACCGCUACGUUGCCAUCUGCAAGCCCCUGCACUACGGGAGCGUCCUGGGCAGCAGAGCUUGUGCCAAGAUGGCAGCAGCUGCCUGGGGCAGUGGCUUUCUCAAUGCUGUCCUGCACACAGCCAAUACAUUUUCCCUGCCCCUCUGCCAAGGCAAUGCUGUGGACCAGUUCUUCUGUGAAAUCCCCCAGAUCCUCAAGCUCUCCUGCUCAGAUGCAUAUCUCAGGGAAGUUGGAGUAGUUGUAUUUAGUGUUUCUGUAUUAUUUGGUUGUUCUAUUUUCAUUGUUAUUUCCUAUAUUCAGAUCUUCAGGGUAGUGCUGAGGGUCCCCUCUGAGCAGGGACAGCAGAAAGCCUUUUCCACAUGCCUCCCUCACCUGGCCGUGGUCUCUCUGUUUAUCAGCACUGCCAUGUUUGCCUACCUGAAGCCCUCCUCCAUCUCUUCCCCAUCCCUGGACCUGGUGGUGGCAGUUCUGUACUCGGUGGUGCCUCCAGCAGUGAACCCCCUCAUCUACAGCAUAAGGAACCAGGAAUUAAGGGAUGCUGUAAGGACACUGGUAGAAUACACAAUUCUUCAGCAUAUUCACCUAUAA